AUGUCGCCCCCUCAGUCCUCGCCGCCGACGCCCUGGCGAGGCUUCAGUCCCCGCGCCAAGGGCUACAAUCAGGACGCAUCCAUUGCUCUGGUAGGAAUUCGUGGGACUGGAAGAUCGACUUUGGCAGUCAUGGCAUCCGGCGCGCUCGGAUUUCGUCUCCUCGACGCAGACCAGCAUUUCUUCCAGGUGACAGGUCUUUCGCGGGCGGCUUACAAGGCGGAACACGGUGCCGUGGAAUAUCGACGUGAGGAAUUGAGAUUGAUGAGGGCAAUGCUAUUCGAUAACCCAACAAGAGCCGUCAUUGCAUGCGGGCCAGGAGCCGUGGAGGGUACAGGUCAGACCUGGCUAUCUGAGUACGCCCAGACUCACCCAGUCAUCUACGUCCUUCGAGACGCCGAGGAAAUCAAAAGACAUCUGCGGGUAUGGGAUACAGAAGCCAUCAGCCGCUUGAUAUACUUGAGCGGGCCAACACAUAGGUCGCUUUCGAAUUUUGAGUUCUACAACAUCUCAGACAGCUACGGCCAGGUAGCUGAUCAUGUUUCUGGAUCCGGCCAGCAGUCUCCCAGGUCAUUAGCCCUCAAGCGGGUAGAGCACGACUUCCUUGAACUGCUGUUUCGCAUCACCAACCGCGACCAUCACGAAUCAGGAUUGUACCACGUUAGCUAUGGCACGCCAGCGUUAGCCCCAGAACACAGGCCUUUCACCUACUCCCUGACUUUGCCGAUAAUGGAUGUGGACAACGCUGGACCUUUGCUCCGGGACAUUAACACAACAGCUGAUGUUGCCGAGCUGGCGAUAUCGCUGCGAGAGAUGCGGGCCAGAUCACCCAACUUCGAUGAGCCGGUGGCCAAUUUCAUCAGCCGGCAAUACUACGCCGUCAAGCGAUACACGCGCCUCCCCGUAAUAUUCAACGUUCAAUUUGACGACUCCUGUCCACGGCAAGACUUGGUUUACUACCUCCGCCUCAUCGACCACGGCCUCCGACUCGCACCGGAGUAUCUUUGCGUGGACUUGAGCUGUGGUGAGCAAAUCCUCAAAAGCAUCAUUGCGGCCAGAGGAACGGCGAAGAUCAUCGGACAGUAUACCGAUAACACGGUCUUGGAACACGGUUGGGACAACCCAGCACUUACAGCCCACGCACAACUUGCGGAACGCUUGGGUUGCGAUAUCGUACGAAUAUGCCGAGAAGCUGAGUCGACAACAGACAACUUUGCGGCCAAGUACUUCAUUCAGAGCAAGUCAGCAGACUUUAAGAUUCCACUCAUCGCCUACAAUACCGGACGCUUGGGGCGAAUGUCCUGUUACUUGAAUCAGGUAUUCUCACCAGUAACCGACCCUCUGCUGAGGUCCAUCACCUCAUCACCUUUGAACGAUACCCUCCUCACCAUCCAGGAAGCCCAAAAGGCUCUGUACUCUUCUUUCCUCCUGGACCCCAUGUACUUUGGUAUCUAUGGCAUCAACGUGCUGCAGAGUCUAUCGCCGGCAAUGCAUAACGCUGCAUUCGAAUCAUGCGGAAUGCCUCACGAAUACAAAAUCUUUCAGCACCCUACAGUUAACCACCUGAGACACCUGAUAUCGGACGAGAACUUUGGAGGAGCCAGUAUCACUGCCCCGUUCAAGAAGGAGGUAUUUGCACUGGUAGACCUGACAAGCCCAGAGGCGCAGGCCAUUGGUGCCGUCAACACAUUGAUACCUCUCCGGUCAGCAAGCAUCGACUCUCUGAUCGACCGAAACAGAACAGGCCCCGUUGCGGCUCUUUAUGGAGACAAUACCGAUUGGAUUGGUAUUCAUACAUGCAUACGCCAGAAUCUCUCCCCAAUCAAUGGCGUGAAAAGGCGAACGACAGCCCUUGUGGUCGGGGCAGGCGGUAUGGCGCGGGCUGCGAUUCUUCCCGCGGACUGGCUAGCUAGUCCGACGGGAGGUGUUGCCAUUGAGCUGUCGUACAUGCCGUUGGAACCACCAUUACUCAAGCAGGUUCGGGAAAUGAGCGACCAAGGCUGGAUCGCUGUUGACGGACUGAAGGUUCUCCCGGAACAGGGAAUCAAACAGUUCGAGCUCUUCACUGCUCGGAAAGCACCUGGGAACAUCAUGAGAGACGAAAUUUUGAAAGCAUAUAAAGUAAGAGGCGGUAAUGGAGCCGAGUGA